GUUUCCUCACGGAUAGGCGGGAGAGAUGUUCACUGUGACCAUGAGUAAUUGGUGAUUGAUGGUGUUGAAUGCCUUAGUACAACCAUACUUUCGGAUUUGGCGCCAUAUAAUGACUUGCAACAGAACAAGGUGAACAUUUAAUUAUUACAAUGGAGGAAGCAUGUGAUUAAGCACAGUGUAAGAGCAAGAUUUGCCAAUCGUGACCAUGUUUACGAAUACAGAAGCAUCAGAUCCUGCAAACUGGAACGAAACAUAUUUGCAUGGAAAGAUAAGCUCCACAUAUAUGGCGCAAAACGCGGGGGAAAUUAAAGAGGAAAAUACAUAUAUUAGUGCUUCAUUUGAGAACAGUACAUAUGUUAGUGCUGCAUUUGAGAACAGUACAUAUGUAAGUGCUACAUUUGAGAACAGUACAUAUGUUAGUGCUACAUUUGAGGACAAUACAUAUGUUAGUGCUACAUUUGAGGACAGUACAUAUGUUAGUGCUACAUUUGAGGACAGUACAUAUGUUAGUGGUGCAUUUGAGCCGUCAGAGAACACAACAUAUAGUAUUUCUUUACCGACAUAUGGAGAUGUAUACACUAUUGACAGCGAGCAUGAUUAUCCUGAUUAUAAAGACUAUUUUGACGAAGAUUAUUUCAAAGAUGUAGAAAAUGAAGUUGCCAACUUGACCAAUUCAACAUACGCUUUUAACGUGUACCAUUUUGAAAGACUCGUAUACCUGUACGUAUGGCCAAUACUUGUUAUCGUUACAUCCCUUGCAAAUAUCCUUGUGGUGACGGUCUUGCUGCGUAAAAAGAUGCGCACUGCAACCAAUAUCAUAUUAGUAGCCAUAGCAAUCAGUGACUCCCUGACAGGACUUGUUACCCUUCCGGUGAUUUUCCCCGCAUAUGGAUCUUACGCAUCUGGGAGCCUGACUUUUACCAAAGCCAGCUGCGAAACGUUUAUGGUCGUCAAGUAUUUCAUUUCAAGGGCAUUCCACACUAUUUCCAUCUGGUUAACGGUCAUCCUGGGGAUGCAACGAUUCGUCUCGGUCAGGUUCCCGUUUCGAGUGAACACCUUUUUCUCAAUGAGUCGCACAACGAUUGCAAUUAUAUCCGUAGCAUUACUGUCCCCGUUUCUCCAUCUCUUCCACGCCUUCGAUUCCAAAACGGACGAUAUGAAUAACUGCGUCUGGGAUGUAAAGGUGGAAACUUGCGGUAAAGGCUGCAUAUACCUUUGGUUAACGCUCUUUCUCAUGCACUUUCUGCCGUGCGUUUUCUUGAUCAUUUUUUGCUGGUCGAUGAUCAGAACCAUGCAGUCAACCACGAGGAAGCUCAGCAAAUCGCACAUGGUAUCAAAUCCGGAGAACAUCGAUCGUCGUUCCAAGGAAAGCAGACGCAUAUCGGCUAUUGUCUUUGUCGUCCUCGUCGUAUUCCUCAUACCGGAGGUUCCGUACACUGUUUUCCUGUCCACGUUCCUCAUCAAGCAUCACGGCAACACUCAGAUGCCAUUUAAGACCAACAGAAUUGUAGCGUGUGCGUAUGAAGUGUGCGUCGUUCUUAGCUUCCACGCUAACUUCUGGACGUAUCUCGUAAUGAACAGAAAGUUUCGCCAAGGACUACGGGAGAUGCUCAUAGAUCCCAUGUUUGAAAUACUGGCCAAGUUCGGCUUCAAUCACGUGCAAUCAAGAUCCAGAAGAAUGAGCAUCUCGACCAGUAUCCGGACGGUCCCUUCGGAUAUUUGGAUACCCAAUAGCCAUGAUCGGCUGACUCGAAGGAAUUCUUGCCUGCCUCAGACGAAUGGUGGCCAGCUCGAAAGGAAACAAUCGAAAAGCAGCAGCAGCUCCUCCCGUCGCAGUUCGGUUAAUGUUGAAAUGAGGACUUAUAGCUUUAAACCGCGCAAUAACAGCGUUGAAUGAAUGGAAGCUCUUCGGGAGAUUUAUUAGCCCACAUUGAUAUUAUAUGUAUUAUUUCUACCAAACUAUUAUCAGUCAAUAUAGAAGUCAGGUAAAAUCAGUAUCGAGGAAAGGAUACUUGCGUCUUUUAGUGUUCACUCUCAAUAAUACCGGGAUACGUCUGCAGUGUAUUUGUACAAAGAUGUAAUAUGCGACGUCCGUGGACAACUUCCGCGCCGAGAUAUGACUGGAACCAGCAUAGCUUGAUUAAAUCCCUGCCGUUAUUACCAACCACGUGAUAAUAGCCGAGCCACGUGGUACAAUAAUUUUCCCUUUACGGCGAUGAGUACAAUACAGGCCGCGGAAGGGAAAUGAAGACGGGAUAUAUCGAAUUUGGAUAUUGACUAAACGUUGAUGGUUAUAGCCUGUAUAUAACAUUUAUAUUUCAUUGCAGUAAAAUCGUGUUUUGGGCCAAUUCUGCAUUAAUCAAUAAAUAUACUAUAGUUAGUACUUGUAGGAAUAAUGAUUUGCUGGAACAUCUGUCUUAUGUUUUGGGGCUCAUUGACAACGAUGUAAACCCCAAUGCUGUGCAUCGACCGAUCCAAGGCGCUGAACCCAGUUUUGUUCAUUUGUGUAUGUGUUGUGCCCUUGUAUGUCUUGUCUAGAACAUUGGUUUUAUGUCUCACUGUUUGGCAUGUGCAUUCUGCAAAGGCAUAUCGGGGCCGACACUUUCCGCUUGUUUUGUAGUUUUCGUUUAAAGGAAGUCACUUAUUAGCAAUCCAGUUGAUGCGGAAAGUGUCGUCCCUGAUAAGCCUGUGAGGACUGCACAAGCUAAUCUCAGACGACGCUUUACGUACUUGUUUUAAAGCCCAUUUUCCUUGUGCUUUUGGUGACACAAAAUAAUAUGUAUAGUUUGAAUUCUGUGGUAUAAAACAGUUUGUUAAUUUAAGUACAUUUGGUUUCAUUGUUAAUAACUGCAUGUUAAGUGGUGAUGCGCAAUUGAACACAAUCGCUACUAAAAUUGAACAAUAGACAUGUGUAACUGUCAAUAUAUGUUUUUAAUCUUUGUUCAUGCAUGUACUUAUGAUUACAUUUUCCAUGUAAAUAUACUUUUUUCAAUGUA